AUGCUAUCAACCCAAGCCCAAAUCAGACUUUGCUCUACAAAGCAAGUCACUCGGCUUUCGCAAGCCGUAGUGCCCCUUGUCCAUUCCGGGCUCGGGUACAAUGCAGGUCUAAAGACGGGCUUUGUUAGCAUCUAUCAACAUGGCAGCACAAGAUCCUUCUCAACCACUCCGGAAAGAAGAUUAAAACACUUCUUUCCAGCCCAAGAGACGGAAAAUAUUCGACAAACACCGCCAGCAUGGGAACACCACGGCUUCACAGAACAGGAAAUGCUCGACAUUGUCCCAGCCCACCGACCGGUUGAAACAUGGGGCGACUGGGCAGCGUGGAAGGUGAUGCGGGUAUGUCGUUGGGGAAUGGACUUUUGCACCGGCAUGAAGUCGGAACAGCAGGUUGACAAGAGGGAUCCCACAACGGCAAUCUCGACCAUUAAACCACUAACAGAAGAGCAAUGGCUUGUACGUUUCCUGUUCCUCGAGUCCAUCGCCGGUGUCCCGGGAAUGGUUGCUGGCAUGCUUCGACACCUUCACAGCAUGAGGAGACUCAAGCGCGACAAUGGCUGGAUCGAGACACUCUUGGAGGAGUCGUACAAUGAACGUAUGCACUUGAUGACAUUCAUGACCAUGGCAGAGCCUGGUUGGUUCAUGAAGCUCAUGAUCCUCGGAGCGCAAGGAGUCUACUUCAACUCCAUGUUCAUCUCGUACCUCAUCUCGCCAAAGAUCACCCAUCGAUUCGUUGGCUACCUUGAGGAGGAAGCCGUCCACACAUAUACCAUGGCGAUCAAGCAGAUUGACGAAGGCCACCUGCCCAGGUGGACUGAUCCCAAGUUCGAAAUUCCAGAGAUUGCGGCCAAGUACUGGCACAUGCCCGUGGGCAAGCGGACGAUGAAGGAUCUUUUACUCUACAUUCGCGCCGACGAAGCCUGCCACAGAGGAGUCAACCACACCUUGAGCAACCUCAACCAAAAGGAAGACCCCAAUCCAUUUGUCAGCGUAUACAAGAGCGAACGAGAGCCUCCCAAGCCAGCCUCGAAACCUCAAGGCUACGAACGAGCUGAAGUCAUUUAA